AUGUUCGUGCUCAGAAAUGUCGGAAAACUUCUUUUCGGCUCCAGCAACCAGGAAUCCCUGAUCGAGCUGCCACAAGGCCAAUUGUACCUCGUUCGGCCGCUUUCGCCAAAAGGCUACUCAGAGCUUAUCUUUAAAGAUUCGUCCGCCCGAAUUCGACGUACCGCGCAGGACUUCCAAUACCAGCUCGUUGUGCAACGCGUCUACGAAGAGGGAGAAGCCGAAUUGCUUGCCGAGGAGGAGGGCGACGACGCUGAGACCGACGCGGAUAUUCUCGCCGGCGAGCGCGACGAAAAGACUUUCCUACUCGACGAGGCCCUCCAUUUUCGAGUCGAGAACAGGGAAGGCAGCGAGAAAGUUCUCGCCUGGCGGGAUUUGAGCGGCGACGCGGGAGACGUCUACGAGUUUGUAUGCGACACGAGCAUCUCCCCAGCCCAGGUGGAGCAGUUCCAGCGCGUCGCGAGGCAGUGCCAGUACGAGCGCAAGUACCGGAAGCCGCAUACUACGGCCACCGAAGACGACCUACUCCAGUUUGAGUUUGACGAGCAACCCAUCCCACAGGCAAGCCCUAUCCACAGCCCGACAGUGACACGGUCCAUCGCCUCGUCCGAGUCUAUUUUUCUAGGCAACUCAUCCAACAACAUGAGCGCCAAGCGAGAGAAAGUCCCUGAUCCCGUCACGACUCCCACGAAGAAGGGUAAAACUAAGGAUAUGCAACCUCCAGCAGUCUCUGCCCAUCCUGAGGCGCGCGAGAUUCUAGCGGCAGAGGUUGCCGAGCUCCACUUCUUUGACUUCCCUUCGGGAGCAUUCGUUCUCCAAGAUGCCUCCGUGACGGCGACCGUGACUGAGAUCGGCGAUUGGAAUUACUGGCUGCAGGUUGGCAGCUCCGACCGGGAUUGGCUUGGAAUUCCCGUUGUUGCGGACAUCAACCCCGUCUUCAAUUUCGAGUUCCUUUCCUUCAUCUUCAACCAGUUCUCUGACGAUGGAUCCGCUUAUUCAUGGCUUCUCCGGUUCAAGGACCAAGCCACCCUCGAGCGCUUCCAAGCGGGGCUCCUGCAAGCCCUGUGGGAGCAGCUCAACGAGAUGAAGUGGUCCAAGAUCAAGGACAAGGAGCGUGAUUACGUCGCAGAUGCCUUCAAUGACCUGACGAUGAAGGAUUCAGAGCAACCUGAAGAGGAGGAAGAAGAAGAGCAUGUUGAAGAUGAAGAGGAGGCCGAUGAUGACCGGCCGCGGAGCGAGCAUUUUGACAGCGAUGAGGAGGAGGAUGAUGUGGAGUACAAGCCCAAGGAUGGCGAUGUCAACAAGCAAAUCGCCGUGGGCUACAAGCAUGAUCGGUCGUUCGUUGUUCGUGGCUCCAAGAUUGGUGUCUUCAAGCACACGCCCAACAACCACCUCGAGUUCAGCACCAACAUCUCGAAAGUCGAGACGCCGGACGGCGAGCUGUUUUCGCCCAAGAAGGUCAUGCUGCACAACGAAGACCGAAAUCUUAUCCUGCAAAAGGAGUCGGAUCCGAACAGGCUGUACCGCAUGGAUCUCGAAUACGGCAAAGUUGUUGACGAAUGGAAGGUUCACGAUGACAUACCCGUGGUAACGUUCGCGCCAGAGAACAAGUUUGCGCAGAUGACGCACGAGCCGACCUUCCUCGGUAUCAGCCAGAAUGCCCUGUACCGCGUGGACCCUCGGCUGUCAGGCAGCAAGCUCGUUGAUGCGCAGCUCAAGCAGUAUGCCAGCAAGAACGAUUUCUCCGCGAUCGCGACAACGGAGAAGGGCUACAUCGCAGUGGCUUCCAACAAGGGUGACGUACGGCUCUUUGAUCGUCUCGGGGUCAAUGCCAAAACCCACAUUCCUGCUCUCGGCGAGCCCAUAAUCGGUCUUGAUGUAUCCGCCGACGGCCGCUGGGUCCUUGCCACGUGCCGGACAUACCUCCUGCUCGUUGAUGCCCUGCAGAAGUCCGGCAAGAACGAGGGCAAACUAGGCUUUGAGAAGUCGUUUGCCGCCGAUGCCAAGCCCCAACCCCGCCGUCUCGCGCUCACACCCGAGCACGUCGCCCAGUUUGCCUACGAGACUGGCAAGGGGGUUAGCUUCACGCCGGCCAAGUUCAAUACCGGAGAGGGCGCGGAGGAGACUAGCAUCAUCACUGCGACAGGCCCAUACAUCAUUGAGUGGAGCCUCAAAAAGGUUUUGAACGGACGCAAGGCACCGUAUCUCAUCAAGCGUUACACGGAUGAUGUCAAGGCCGACGACUUCAAGUUUGGCACCGACAAGAACGUCAUUGUCGCUCUCCCGCACGAGGUCAAUAUGGUGAACCACGCCCGUCUGAAGCGGCCGACGCGCGAGAGUAUUGCGGGCGACUUUGGCAUUGCCGCCCGCAGAAGCUCGGGGCGCAUCGGCACGCCGGCUAGCAGCAGAUAUAAGCUGGGCAAAGACGACAUUGUCAAGGAGGCUUAUUGA